ACAAGUCCACGUCAGUUCACGUUGUAGAGAUGGCGUCUCGAAAAAUCAUCGUAUCAGCUAAAAUCUUAAAUCGUGGUCAUGCCGUGGCUGGCCGUGGCGUGCCGGCUGAUGCCGGGCGCCGGCCAUUUCUCAGACUUCUUUUCUUUCUUUCAAUUUUCUCGAAAAAUCUAUUCUUGAUUCUAUCCAAGUUUUUUAGGAUCCUCUUCAAAUCAUUAACGUAGAGGACACGCAAAAGGUGAUAUAUCUUAAAAGAAAGAAAAAACUUGGAAAUAUACGGCAAGGAAAAAAUCCGGAAAAAGUUCUUUCCCCAAAAAUUUUUAGGUUAAUUUUUCCGAGCUAAAUACACGUGCUAGUCGUGAACAUUUUUAUAUAGAGAUGGAUCGCCUUAAUUAUGAUAACGGCGACGACGCAAAGUUGGCGCUGAAUAUUGGUUGGUCAUCGUCGUGAAGCGAUGCGAUUAGGAGCGAGACGACGACGCGAGACGACGAAUGGCGCCUGGCGUCAGCAUGGGCCGCGUUUUCUUCGUUUCUCCUGACACCCGAGCUGCGUUCUAUCGCGUCAACGGCAAGACCGAGUUACAGUCAGUGCGUGGCGCGCACAAUGGAGGAAAAGGCCACGACAGACUCUUCAUCGCAAAGCACGAUCGGAGAUAAUAACCAAACAGAUAAAAAAGAUUUACAUCUAACAACGUGUUAUAAUGAAGUUUCUACUGAACAGCUGCAGACGCAGUUUACGUGUUCUUUAUACAUUUCGCGCGUCGCUGGCCUUCAAACUCAAGACCAGGGAGAGGUCCAAGAUUGCGAGCUACUGCGAUCUCAUCUCGAGGAAGCUAUCGCCGCUUCUGAACCACUAUCAACGUGGCGUGUCUCUGAAACUCCAUGUGGACUUAUAGCCGCUUUCGCACGAGAAAACGAUGCCGAGAAACUUUUACAACGCGGCAACUUGGCUCAAGUAUUUCGAGGACCUGUACAAGUAGCACGAUUCUCGGCAAGAGAUUCCCGAUAUCGCCAAGCCGUACUUUUAAGAGAUGUACCAUGGGCUAUACCGCUACAGGAUAUAAAUUCGGCUCUAACGAAGCAAGGAAUCGUCGCUGGAAAUGUUGAGCGUUCUCGACAAUUUGUCCGAGUAGAGGUUUUUGACGCGGGUCAUUACGAAGCCUUACUGCGUCAAGGUCUGGACUUUUUUGAGGUGGCUCGUUUCAACGCUAUUCCAGAACGCUGGUGGCGUAGCGGCGGUACCGCAUGCUCGUCUGGUAUACCUUCGCGAUACUUGCCGGGGAAUAACGGAAGUAACUUCCUAGAAGCGCAUCAAGAUAAUUUAUCGCAAACGGCGGACAGCGUGUUGCAGUGCUACCGGUGUCAGGGUUUCUGGCACGUGGCCGCCAAUUGCCGGCACUUGCCACGCUGCGUCCGCUGUGGCGAACCGCACAGCGUCGAGUUUUGCCCAAGGCCGCGCAACAACCCUAUAUGUUGCCAUUGCUCCGGACCUCAUCACGCCGGAUAUAGACAGUGCCCAGUCAGAUUGCAGCUAUCUAAUGCGACGCCCGUGAGCAUCACGCUGAGCACGACUCGCACCGGCGGGGUUCAAUAUCCAACGGGUGCUACGAGCAAGUCGAACCCUUCGUGCCAUUCUCUGAGACAAGGCCACUGUUAAAUAUUGUUGCUUAACAAGCAAAAUUAUAGAGAAGCAUCGGUUUCAUUAGCAUUUUUUUCGAAAUGUCAGUAGAAACACAUCUCUCGGCAUUGCGUAACCAUUUAUUACGAGUUACGACUGAAAUUUGCAAUUCCAUUAAAAAAAAAAUGUGCGAAGGAGAAAAUGCUUGUAGCUCGUGUUGUCAUCGGAUAUAAAUAAACCGUUCUUCUAUCGAGACAUCUUUCGGCUAUGAAAAAUUCGGCAUAAGAGAUUUACAUUUGUACAAACAAGUUUUUAAUAUUUUUAAGAUACUUUUUCAGACACUAUUGUGCUUUUAUACAGUUUUCUAGAUUUUUGUAUGCAAAAUAUAAAUUUUUAUAAAUAUCAAAUGUCUUUUGGCGAGUACUGCCUGCAAUCGCAAAAAAGUCCAAUAAGGCAUCGUUUUUCUCUUUUCUUUUUUUUAUAAGAUUUUGUAAAUUUGCAGUUACUGGCAGUUACUGUGGAAUCGUAUUCCAUCGUUUUGUUCCACUUUCUUCGUCCUAGUCCUGCGAAUGUAGGUCUCCCCACUAACGUCUGUCACUGCUACCAUUGCGAGAGAGGGAAGUUAUACCAUGCGGGUGUCAUACCAUGGCUUAUACAUUUAGUCUUUCGAUCGGCUACUGUCCAUGUACAACCGAAGGAUGGGUGCGUUAUAAUUAUAGACACACCGUUUGUGCGCGGGAAGUCAACCAGUCGAUUGGUUCUCGCGAAUGGGAACGGUAUCGGUCAAGAGUGCUAACUCCAUUUUUUAACAGAUAAUUUUUGUGUAAAGUUAAGAAUAUUUGUGCGAAUUUUUUCGCUAUUUCUCUCCGUAAAGAUCCGUACAAGUGCCAAAUAAUACUUCGACUAACACGCGAGUUCGGUUUCGUUCCAAGGGAAUUAUUUAUUAUAUGAGUUCUCUUCUUAUCUCAAACUCUUCUUCGAAGAAUUAUUGUACACAAAUAAUUCAUUCCCGUAAAUAACUGGCUAAUGCUUUUCCGUUUCAUGUUUGUAUGACAUAAAGUAAAAAA